AUGGCUUCUCGAAUUCGCCUGUUGCAACUGAUUAUUUUCCUGUACUUUUUUAAACAAAUUGUAUCAAAAGUGGAGUUUACCAACAUUAAAUGCACUUCCCUCGAUCCUGAGUUCGCAAGCUUCGACUAUUGCUUUCUAAAGUCAGUGAAUCGUACUUAUAAAUACCUUUCCUUAAAAGUAAAGUUGUUAAAAAAGCCUGUUACCAAAGUAAAGGUUAACUUUGCAUUUUUGAAAAAAUAUAAUGGCUAUAAACCGUCUCUCUUUAACGUAACAGUAGAUGCCUGCAAACUUCUUAAAAACCCAAAAUCUAAUCCAGUUGCAGCUUAUAUUCACAGUUUCUUUAAAAGUUACUCCAAUAUGAAUGAUUCCUGCACAUUUAACCACGAUCUAAUUGUGGAUAAAGUGUCAAUCGAUUCUGUAAAUACGAAAGCUACUGCCGUACUUCCAGUUCCUCAUGGCGACUAUAUGUUUCAUUCGAACUGGUUUGCUUACGAUAUCAACCGUGCUACUGUAAACGUAUAUGGUACCCUAUCUUGA